CACAUUGUGGUUUUGUUUAUUACACUUAUUCAGAACGUUUUGUAUUUAUUGUGCUGGACAUCUCAAAUAAUACCACAUGUUCCCUGACAAGGCAGCUAGUUAUCAUGCUAACAGUGUGUACAUCUCCAAGAAGACCACUCAGAUCAUUCUAGCCACCAAGGUCGAGAGUCUCUUGUAAGAUUGUCCAUGCUCCUCUCUUGGAUCUGCAAGUGGACAUCAGUUUAGAGUUAAUACGUGCUACAGAUAUCUCAGUGAUAAGACCAGCAUCAGAGCUCAUAAAUCCUGACCCAGAAGAUUCCUCCCUCUAUUUAUUGUUAAAGCAGACAUCAUAUUCUACCACCCUGCCCCCCUGCCCUUCCUACCCCCUGCCCCCUACCCACCCAGUCUCUGCACCCCAUAAUCCUGCAUUUUCACCAGUGUUUCUUCUCAAUCUGGUCUCAUGAGGAGCAGAUUAUCAGAGAUUAGAUGAGUUGUUGCACACGCUUUAUUCAUUAAUGUUAUUAACGUCCAUGUCACUGGAGUCCUCCAGCACAUGGCCUACAUACAGCAGCGAGAACCCAUGCAGACAUCAUGAAAACGGUCACACUGUAAGGUGGAGGGUGAUUUUGAUAACAUCACCAUGUGAUUGCUUUAGGAAACUGUUAUUGAAAUUUUUUGAAGUUGUAAAAUGUAAAAACGUGAGUCAGUGGGAGAAGCGUCCACAUCUUCCAUUAGUAUCCAGUGUUCUUCUACAUUUCUGCUUUGCAUAUAUAUUACCCACAAUCCCCUGCUCCAGUGAACCUUUCUGAAUAAUUUAGGUGAGAAUUUACUAUAGUAGGGCUGUAAUUGGAUUGGUCUGGUCCUCUGAGGCACUCUACCAGCUGUUCCUGCGCUCCUAUUGGACGGAGCAGGGAAUCUGCCAGGCAUCUGUGAGAGGGUGUUAAGAAGGAGACAGUGGGAAGAGGGACGGUCUCUUUAGUUUAACAUCAAAGUGUGAAAGAGGACAGAAUAGUGACAGAGAGAAAAAGAAGUGAUUGAUCGGUAUUAGACAGAGUGUAAGGAAAGAGCUCAGAAACACUGUGUGUGUGUGUGUGUGUGUGUGUGUGUGUGUGUGUGUGUGUGUGUGUGUGUGUGUGUGUGGAGGAGUGAAUCCUGCAGGAUGGGGUUGUAGUUAGUGUGUUAAAUCAGUGUUACAGUGAUGGCGGUGGCGUUGGACGCAGUGUGUGUGCGGGUGAAAGGCGUCUGUAAGCAGAACGGGCUGCUCAUCCUCUCUGUGCUCGCCGUCAUCAUCGGCUGCCUGCUGGGAUUCUUCCUGCGCACCAAACAGCUCUCAGAGCAGGAAGUGAAGUAUUUCCAGUUUCCAGGAGAGCUCCUCAUGAGGAUGUUGAAGAUGUUGAUUCUGCCUCUCGUCGUUUCCAGUCUCAUGUCAGGUCUGGCGGCUCUGGAGCCGAAGUGCUCGAGCAGGUUGGGUCUCAUCACCAUCUCCUACUACCUGUGGACUACGUUCCUGGCCGUGGUGGUCGGCAUCGUCAUGGUCCUGAUCAUCCACCCCGGGGGCGUGGCCCAGAAAGAGGACUCAGAGGACAGCAGCAAACCCAUCAUGAGCUCAGCUGAUGCGCUGCUCGACCUCAUACGGAACAUGUUUCCUGCCAAUUUGGUUCAAGCUACAUUUCAGCAGUAUCGCACGAACAGCGUCCCGGUCAGGAAGACGCUGAGGACAACUGAGAGCUCGAGUGUGACACGUCGCACGCUAAUCUACAAUCUGCAAGACGACAGCGGUAAUGGUGAAAACAGCAGCGAUGUCCGGAACUUCCAGCUGGACCUGACGCCUCCGCCCGAUGUGGUGAUGCGUACCCAACCUGGCACCAGCGAGGGCAUGAACGUGCUGGGCAUCGUCAUCUUCUCCGCUACUAUGGGCAUUAUGUUGGGCCGAAUGGGUCCUAACGGCAGUGCACUUGUAAACUUCUGCCAAAGUCUUAAUGAAGCCGUGCUGAAAAUCGUUGCCAUUGUUAUCUGGUACUUUCCUUUUGGGAUCGUGUUCCUGGUGGCUGGAAAAAUCUUGGAGAUGAGCGAUCCGUCGGAUAUGGGUAAGAAACUGGGCUUCUACGCCAUUACGGUGGUGAUGGGCCUGAUCCUGCACGGCCUCUUCAUCCUGCCCAGCAUGUACUUCUUCAUCACCAAGAAAAGCCCCAUUGUUUACAUUCGUGGAAUCCUUCAGGCACUGCUCAUCUCACUGGCCACCUCAUCCAGCUCUGCCACACUGCCCAUCACCUUUAAGUGCCUACUGGAGAACAACCACAUCGACCGGCGCAUCAUUCGCUUCGUCUUGCCUGUCGGCGCCACUAUCAACAUGGACGGCACGGCGCUGUACGAGGCCGUGGCAGCCAUCUUUAUCGCUCAAGUCAACAACUACGAGCUGGACUUUGGCCAGAUCAUCACCAUCAGCAUCACAGCCACGGCAGCGAGUAUCGGUGCGGCAGGCAUCCCGCAGGCCGGCUUGGUUACCAUGGUAAUAGUGCUGACCUCCGUCGGCCUGCCGACCGAUGACAUCACUCUAAUCAUUGCUGUGGACUGGGCUCUGGACCGGUUUCGCACCAUGGUGAACGUGAUGGGAGACGCGCUCGCUACAGGGAUCAUGGCGCACAUCUGCAGGAAGGACUUCAUGCAAGAGGGAGACGGAGUUCCUCUCAUCUGCGAGACAAAACCCGUCCACCUCCAGCAGGUGACGAACUGCCAGCAGAAUAACGGGAGUCUUCAGCCGCUUCCAGCAGGGGGCAAAGCUGAGCUGGUUUCCGCGGACGUGGCCCGCCUCAUGCAGUUAGAGGAAGGAGUGCGACCCCCACCGCCCGAGCGGAGGAAGAUCCCCCCAGUGCCCCCUCGCCACCUCAAACACAAGGACAAGGAGCACUGCUCCAUCGACAUGAACGGCCUGGAGACCAACGUAUAGCGGCCAUGUUGGACCAUCCGGACACACACACACACACACACACACAUGGGUUAACAGAUUAGCUUCUCACUGUAAAUUGAUUUAGGUUUAGGUUGUAGGAAACUAAUUCAUAGAUUUUAUUUGUGUUUGGUGAAACCCUUAUUCUUACUGACUUGAAGUGGAAUUGACAUUUAAUCAUCCCUUAUACAAUGCUAACAGACAAUCUAAUUAAUAUUAACACUUACCUGUAACUCUGUUCCCCCACACCAGCUGAUGUCACUUCUAACAUGUCUCCUGUGGGCAUGGCCCGGCGAGGUUUAUUUAAAAUUCGUAUGAAAAUCAAACUAGCAAAAAAUAUCAAGUCGUAACUGGGAAGUAACUUCAUGUAGGAACUCUAGAUAUAAAACAAGGAAAUGUUGUUAAGAUGCACUGAUGUUCCUCUGGUGUCUGCUCUGAGUUUGAAGACAAAGAACCUCGAUCAGAUUCCAUGCGUCGUGAUCCUGCAAGGACAAAAUCAGAGGAAAUCAAAACCCUAAAUUAUAUUUCUUUCUGUAAAAUUUAGCAAGCCGAGAGCAGAAAUGAUUGCCAUUGAUUUUAUCUUGUUCAAUUUUGUUUUAUAAUGGUCUGAGAAGAUCCCUGCUAAUUACUGGUGGUGCUUUUUUAUGCUAGCGGAAUAGGAGUGAAUCAUGCUAAACCACCAAGAGCCACAACUAAAUCAGACCAGAUCAAAAUAAGACAAUUUCAAACUCGCAACAGUGAUAUUCUCAACUCCUAUGAUUGUCCUAGCAUGAUAAGCAAUUCUAAUAAACAUUAACAAGCUAGCGCUCGCCAAAAGUAUUGAGACACCUGCCCACCUACUGUAGGUGUGCUUCUUCCCCAAACUGUUAGCACAAAGUUGGAGACACACAGUUGUAUCGGACGUCUUUUGGAUGCUGCAUAAAAUUUGCCCUUCACUUGAACUUGGAGACCCAAAUGACAAUGCCCCUGUGCACAAAGCCAGCUCCAUGAAGAUCUAUUUUACAUGGUAUGGAAUUGUGUAGAAGAUCUCCUGCUAUAGAGCUCCAACCCUAUUGAACACCUUUGGGAUGAAUAUGAACACUGAUUGCACGCCAGGAACCUCCUCACCUUCUCACCUACAGUACAUCAGUACCUGACUUUACUAACAACCAUGUAGUUGAAUGAAUUUCCACAAAAUCUAGUGGAACAUCUUCCCAGAAGAGUGAAAGAUAUUAGAAAAGCAAAUGGAGACUAAAUGUAUAAUUAGAUGUUCAAUAAGAUGCACUUACUAAUUUUAUUGCCAGGUGUCCACAAACUUUUGGCAAUAGUGUAUAUACACAUUUUUCAUCAGAUUAUCAGUCAUGUUACCAGACAUCAUAUUUUUUGCAUCCUGGACACGACAACAAACACGCUGAUCAUUAAGCUGUAUUUCAAACAUAUUGUCUUUCUGUUUUAUGUAAUUAUUUAUAGUUAUUUAUUUAUCUAUUUAUUUAUAUUUCUCAAGUUUAAUGAAUUGAAACUUAAUGUCAUUUUCCUAAAUGUAUAUAUUUUCUCUCCUCUCGCUCUUUACCGAGAGAAUGA